CUCCUAUCCUGCGGCCAAUUCGAACUUCUCCUUCGACGACAGCGUGGCCUCUAUCACCCCAUCUGUUAAUUUGUCGGUCGCGAUCAUUCACAAUGGCGGAAUCCGAGCCCAACAUUCCAAUCGAGGUAGACGCCGAAGAUGACAUCAGCACGGGAAUGUUGUCCUCGACCACAUCGCUGAGUUCCAGCGUCCUGAAAUACGAAUUCAAACAUGGCCGCCGCUAUCACGCCCACCACUUGGGAAACUACCCAUUCCCGAACGACCAACCCGAGCAGGAUCGGCUCGAUAUGGUUCAUCAUAUCUUCUACCGGCUGGUGAACAACCGACUCUUUCUGGCUCCGAUCAAUCCCGACGGAAAGCGCAUUCUGGAUAUCGGCACCGGGACCGGAAUCUGGGCCAUUCAAAUGGGUGAUGACUAUCCGGGCGUGGAAAAGAUCGUCGGAAAUGAUAUCAGUCCAAUCCAGCCAUCCUGGGUGCCGCCAAAUGUCAAAUUCGUCGUGGAUGAUGUGGAAAAGGAUUGGGUGGAUACUGAGCCGUAUGACUACAUCCACUGUCGGUAUAUGGCAGGGUCGAUUCGGGACUGGCCGCGACUGAUCCAGCAAUGCUAUAACAAUCUCAAACCGGGUGGGUGGCUGGAGCUGCAGGAGUCCAUUAACACGCUUUACUCGGAGGAUGAGAGCCUCAAGCCGGAUAGUUAUAUGGUUAAGAUGAUGGAUGGGCUUAAAGACGCCUGCGAGACGAUCGGGCAGACAAUGGACCCCGCACCAUCCUUCGAGACGUGGGUCAACGAUGCGGGCUUUAGCACGGUGCAUAAGCUCAAGUAUAAGCUUCCAAUUGGCAGCUGGCCGAAGGAUUCACGGCUGAAAGAGUGUGGCAGCUUCAUGCGGGUGAACUUUGUCGAGGGCGUCGAGGCAUUUACUGCUGCGUUGUUUACGGAGGUCCUGGGGUGGAAGCAUGAAGAUGUAAUGGAAUUGAAUGCCGGAGUUCGCCGCGAGUCAUUGCAGAAGGACAUUCAUCCCAUCUUUGAUGUUUUGAUCAUUGCAGCGCAGAAGCCAUUGUGAAUUUUUGAGCACUCGUUAUGAUGGAUAAAUGACUGAUUUAUAGAUGUCUGUAAAUAAAUGCAAUAAAAAUUGGGUGACAUCA